UUGACGGUGGAGCCGCCGGGCGUGGCUGGUGAGGGCAGGUGGCGGCGGGAGGUGGGAUGCCUUUGAAACAGCGUCCCCUAUCACCCGGAGCGACAGCUGUGCGGAAGUUGGCAGCUCGGCACCGCUGUGGCUGUCCUUCAACUACAAUGUGUACGCACAUGAAGAGCAGCCUUCCUUCUCUCUUGGAUGCAUACCUCCCACCUCAGCUCAAGAAACAGGGUGACAAAGGUCAACAGAAUAAUCCACAAAAAGAUGGAGGGUCAGGCAAACACAGAAGACUCCCCUCAUCAGAUGAGGAUGAAGAAGACCUGAAGGUGAAAGCCACAAGGAAGGCCCUGCAGGAACAGCACUAUCUGGAGAUUUACAAGAAUGUGUACAGGCUGUGUAAGGCCUUGCAGUUACAUUACAUGGAUUUACUGAGCAAGAGAGUCCAGAAACAGCGCCACGAAAUCAAAGAGCGAGAUCUUCGAUUCCAGGAGAAGACUGAGAAGCGGAAGAUGGAACACAAUAGUACAAGGCGAUUGUUUGGUCACCAGUCAGAAUGUUCCCAGCUCCAUCAUGAUAUCAAAUAUCUCAAGUCUGUUCCAAAGUCUCAUUAUUACAUGAUUGUGGAACUCCAGGACCAACUAGUCAAGAAUGGGAUUUUGAAAAAUCAAGAAGAUUAUGAAGAGUUUUGGCAGCUGCUAAAGCAAAGUUCUCGUUGUUUGCAGUUUGAGACAAAACUCCAGGAUACCAGCAGCUGUGCCCUGGAUGAUGAGCUGGAGAGGGUUGGGCGCUUCACACAGCAGUGUGACUUGAACAUCAGUCUUCCAACCCGCUAG